AGCCCGGGCGGAGCGCGGCACCCAGCGGCCGCUGAGGCCAGGCUGGCGGCAGUAGCAGCAGCGGCGGCGGCGGUGCCGGAGAGAGCCCCGCCGCGCGUGGCUCCUCGGUGCUGGUGACCUUCCCGGGGCUGCUCGCCGCCUGCCAGGCCGGGGCAGGGCCUCCUCUCCCCGCAGAGCGUGUGUACCAGGCCACGGGGAGGGGGCAGGAGGCCGCACCGGAAUCCCCCUUCGCCCGCGGCUCCUCCUGGCCGCCGGCAGGGCCUGUGCGCGGUGCCGCUCGCCGCCGGGGAGAGGGACGGAGGGAAACGAACGGGACGGACGCCGGGGCCGGGCUGCCCCCCAGGACAGCGUGGAGCAGGGAGCGGGCAGGCCCUGAAGAGAGAGUCGGGUAGGCAGCAGGAGGAGGAGGAGGCAGCCUGCGGCUUGGAGCCACCUCGGCGGCGCAUCCCAGGAAGAGCCGGGGGCACCUCCCCGCCGCUCUUCUCCUCCUCCCGCCGCGGGCAGCCCCUCAUCCCACGGAGAAGUGGAGCCGCCUUCGGAGCGCGGGGCUGCGGGGACGGAGCUGGAGCUGCCUGCCUGGGGGCCGAGGAGAGGGAAGGACCGCUUGCCUGCGUGGGAAGGCGGCCGCCGAGCGCCCCGCCGCUGCCCGCCCGUCCCGACGGCCCGGGAGCCGCCCGGCAGCCCCGCGGGCAGCCGGCUCGCCGCCGCGCCGGGAAGGUGUCCUGUGACAACCUUUGAUCAGCAAGGCUGCAAGUCAUGAAGAAGCUGCAGUAACUGCACAGUCUCUGAUGGAUAAUUGGAUUGGGAUUACUAUGUGGGAGGCUGUGGACUAUUUGCUUCCAACAUAGGAACAGCACUGGGUUGGCAAUCUCCACUCCUGAGAGAAUGCUGGGAAUCUGCAGAGGGCGACGGAAAUUCCUGGCUGCCUCUCUGACUGUCCUUUUUGUUCCAGCCAUUACCUGGAUUUAUCUGUUUGCUGGGAAUUUUGAAGAUGAGAAGCCAGUGUCACUGUCUCCAAUUGAGUCACAGCCCCACAGUCCUCGUUAUACAGCUUCAAGCCAGCGGGAGCGCGAGAGCUUGGAAGUCCGCAUGCGGGAGGUGGAGGAGGAGAACCGUGUGCUUCGCAAGCAGCUCAGCCUGGCACAGAGCCGAAGCCCCUCACACCAUCAUGGCAACAAUUCCAAAACCUACUCCAUGGAAGAGGGGACAGGUGACAGUGAGAGCCUGCGGGCUGGCAUUGUGGCAGGGAACAGCUCUGAGUGUGGGCAGCAACCAGCCGUGGAAAAAUGUGAGACCAUCCACGUUGCCAUUGUUUGUGCAGGGUACAAUGCCAGUCGGGAUGUUGUCACGCUUGUCAAGUCCGUCUUAUUUCACAGGCGAAACCCACUCCACUUCCACCUCAUUGCAGAUGCAAUUGCCAAACAAAUCCUGGCAACUCUGUUCCAGACGUGGAUGGUCCCUGCUGUGCGCAUAGACUUCUACGAUGCAGAUGAGCUCAAGUCGGAAGUGUCUUGGAUCCCCAACAAACACUACUCUGGGAUUUACGGGCUGAUGAAGUUGGUUCUGACUAAGACGCUACCUUCCAAUCUGGAGCGAGUCAUUGUCCUCGACACAGACAUAACAUUUGCCACUGACAUUGCUGAGCUAUGGGCCGUCUUUCACAAGUUCAAAGGGCAGCAGGUUCUUGGCUUAGUGGAGAACCAAAGUGAUUGGUAUCUGGGCAACCUUUGGAAGAAUCAUCGUCCCUGGCCAGCUCUUGGGAGGGGCUACAAUACAGGGGUUAUCCUGCUGCUUCUGGAUAAGUUACGGAAGAUGAAAUGGGAGCAGAUGUGGAGACUUACAGCAGAGCGGGAGUUAAUGAGUAUGCUAUCCACUUCACUGGCUGACCAGGAUAUCUUCAAUGCAGUUAUCAAACAAAAUCCCUUCCUUGUCUAUCAGCUUCCAUGUUUCUGGAAUGUGCAGCUGUCUGAUCACACCCGUUCUGAGCAGUGCUACAGAGAUGUGUCUGAUCUGAAGGUGAUUCACUGGAAUUCACCAAAGAAGCUGCGAGUGAAAAACAAGCAUGUGGAGUUCUUCCGCAACCUCUACCUGACAUUUCUAGAAUACGAUGGGAACUUGCUGAGACGAGAACUCUUUGGCUGCCCCAGUGAGACAGAUGUUAACAGUGAAAACCUCCAGAAACAACUGUCUGAGCUGGAUGAGGAUGACUUAUGCUAUGAAUUUCGUCGAGAACGUUUCACUGUCCAUCGCACUCAUUUGUAUUUUCUACAUUACGAAUAUGAGCCUGCUUCUGACAACACUGAUGUAACACUGGUGGCUCAGCUUUCAAUGGACAGGCUCCAGAUGCUUGAAGCUAUCUGCAAACACUGGGAAGGUCCAAUUAGCCUGGCACUCUAUCUUUCUGAUGCAGAAGCUCAGCAAUUUCUGCGCUAUGCCCAGGGCUCAGAAGUCCUUAUGAGCCGCCACAAUGUCGGAUACCAUAUCGUGUACAAGGAGGGCCAGUUCUACCCUGUGAAUCUUCUGCGGAAUGUGGCCAUGAAGCAUAUCAGCACGCCAUACAUGUUUCUCUCUGACAUUGACUUCUUGCCCAUGUAUGGACUCUACGAGUACCUCAGGAAGUCUGUCAUUCAGUUAGACUUGGCCAACACCAAGAAAGCUCUCAUUGUACCUGCUUUUGAGACUCUACGCUAUCGCCUCUCCUUCCCCAAGUCAAAAGCAGAGUUGCUGUCUAUGUUGGACAUGGGAACCCUCUUCACGUUCAGGUAUCAUGUCUGGACAAAAGGGCACGCGCCAACAAACUUUGCCAAAUGGCGAACAGCCACCACCCCCUACCGCGUUGAGUGGGAAGCAGACUUCGAGCCAUACGUUGUCGUGAGGAAGGACUGCCCUGAAUAUGACAGGCGGUUUGUUGGAUUUGGCUGGAACAAAGUAGCUCACAUCAUGGAACUGGAUGCACAGGAGUACGAGUUCACAGUGCUGCCCAACGCCUACAUGAUCCACAUGCCGCAUGCCCCCAGCUUUGACAUCACCAAGUUUCGCUCCAACAAGCAAUACCGCAUCUGUCUCAAGACCUUGAAGGAGGAAUUCCAGCAGGAUAUGUCACGCCACUACGGCUUUGCAGCUCUAAAAUAUCUCACGGCAGAGAACAACAGCUAGCACAAUGGAGCCCACUUACAGGAAACAAAGACACCGAAGGGAGGAGCCACUUCAUGUUUGGGGUCCAGUCUUUAAACUUUGAACUGAGAAAUACUUUCUGUUUUUUAUAUCAUACCUGGCAAUUCUAACAGUAGAGUUUUGAAGUGACAUGUCUUCAGACUAUGCUCAUUAGCCCCUUCCCUGACUACCCCAGGCCUUUCAGCUUUAGCAUUUGUGAGAUGUGAAUGAGAGGGGCCAGCUGCAAUCCCAUCAUACAACAGGAGGUGGGGAAUGGGGACGGACUAGGAAUGCUGUUCUCUUAACUGCAGAGCAAAGACAGACCUUCAGAAUAUAGGAUUUCAUGUUGCUAUUUAAUAAUUUGACAUGCUUUUUAUCUGUAAAGGAAGAUCUUCGGGUCGCUGUCCUGUGAAUUUCAAAUCUGCACUACUCUGAAAGGGAACUUCUACUCGUGAACUUUCACAGUGGCCCUGUUAACAUAGACGACCUUGUUAAUGCAGGAUAAGCCAAAGGUCUGAAUUAGCCUUGAAAAUGAAGGGGACGCUUAUACAAUACUGCACUCUAGAGAAGGUGUGUUACUGGUUUAGGUGUGUACAUGAUAUCUGUUGGUCUUUUAUUCUCAAAUUAAUUCUAUCAGGAAAAUCCUCUAUGCUCUACCCUGCCAUUUCUGCAGUCCUAAAUGCCAUCCUUUCCUUGCCAAGGAAAUGUCACCCUUAUGUUCCUUUUCCAUCUUCAGUUCUGGUAGUUCAGUAAAGGAGCCAAUAGUUCUGCCAGAAUGUGAACAAAACUUGUUAGUGUAAGGCUUGUUUUCACCAGAUCAACUUGUUCGUGUAUGUGUCGUAAAAUAAAGGGCCUGGUUGUAACUCUUUAUCCUUUUUAGGCAAGAACUGGAUUUUCCAUAGAAGGCAUUUUGUGCUGGGGGAUAUUGACUUGUAGAUUCUUUUGAUGCAUGUCCGACCGUGAAGGCCUUGGGCCUUGGGCUUUAAGUGAACUUCUUUGCUGAACAGGGAAACAUAAACAUGGAACUAGUAGCCUGUGUGCUACCCGGCUGCCUGCUACAAGGUCUCAGAACUACUUCGUUAAAGGAGUUUAUAAAUAAAAGGAGUGGAAGUGCUAGGAAUAAACUCCCCAUUCGAGGGGGAGAAGAGAAUGUGUUGGGAAUCUGAAUGUGAGUGUUUGCUUGAAUGUGGGCUAGUCAAGUUCACAACGUCAAUAUACACAGGAAUAUUCUGGAGGGUGGAUCAGGAAACUUAACAAGCAAAACACAAAACAAAACACUGGACUUUUUACCAUUUUCUUUAUUCUUCAGUAUUAAUGUUGUGUUUACAUUGGAUAAGGAGGUGAGGUUUAAUGCACUACCCCUUGCAGGGCUACUUGUAAUUUCUGUUGCAAUGUUAAUAGAGAAAGCAGAAAUGACUCAAUGAGAAAUGUGUGUCUCUCUCCCUACCCCAGACCCACAUAGACUGUCCUUACCAAUACCACUGACUAGGCUGUUAAGUGGACCCACAUUGCAUUCUGCUCACUUUAUUCCAUUCUGGUUUUUAGCCACUCGAUCUUCCACUUUCCUCUCUGCCUCAUCCCUCUAGAGCCUGGUUUUAUUUCUAACCUGACAUUUUACGAGAGCUUUCUGUUACAGUGGGAACCACGCGGUUAAACGAGACAUUUAGACUACAAAUAUCAGUUCAUCACGCUGUGUAUAUAUAAGAAAAGCCAAAAAAAGGCAACGUCUUUGACAGGAAAUAAAAAGGGGCGGGAAGCUGUGCGUAAUUGUUACAUUUUCCCCUGGGAGUCUUGGCUGCAUAUGAAUACAUCACUGCGUAAUUUUCCAAAGUACUUUUCUUCUGUUCUUAAUGGCUUCAUUUAAAGAUUUGCAUAAAAAACUGUGAAAAGCUGAGAAGCAGUGAAAUGACUGUUCAGUCCUGGCUAAGAUAUAUUAAAAAAAAAAAAAAAAAAAAAAAAGUGAAAUCUUGAGUCCCCAAAUUCCAUAUCACUCACCAUUAAAGGCCCAGGUCAGUGUGACUAUUGCGAAUGAGAAGAACCUUACAGCACAAAGUCCUGUUGAUCAUAUAAUGUGAAGAAAGACAUCAAAGCUUAUCCUAAGAGAGGCUGAAUACUGGCUGUAUUCACAUAAAAUCUCUGGAGCUUCAGUGUAACCACUGAACAGUAGCUUCAUUUCCAGAUGUGCAUCUGUCUUUAGCUUAACAGUAUUGGCCAGAGAUGGAAUAGAUUGUCCUGCAACAACAUAACCUGUAGCAUGGACCUGUACAUUACUGGGGUGUGCCAUUAGCAAUACUAAUGUUAUACUCUCUUUGAUGCCCAUGAGAUGAAGAUGGGAGAGCAGGGAGGUAAUCAUUUGCUACUUUCCUAUAGAUUCAGCAAGCUGUGGGACUUCUAAGACAGGCUUAGGUAUGCUGGCUGUUGUAACUAGCUCAGAGAUUGCUAGUAAUUUCAGAGAGCCUGUUCUUUUCCUUAUAGACACUGUGUGACUUGUAUCUGUCAUGUCAUGUUUGUCUAUAUGCUUCAUAAUUCAAAAGAAAUGAGGGCUGGUUUUUAGUACAUUUCAGCCAAUUUACCUGGUAGCAAAUUGGGUCUUACUUGCUUGUCUCUAACUGCCAGGACUACUCCAGCACCAUGAAAACAAAUAACAACAACAAAAAAAUCUCCAACCCAGUUACAACCCUGACUGUCUUCCAGUCCUCUGCUAUAGUAGAUGUUUGUUAGCAGUUUUGUUAAUUCUCAGAUUUCUCCUGAACUCAUCAAGAAAUAUCAGAUAAACCUGGUGACUUAAUGCCUUUGAUUUAUUGAUUUGUUCCAUCAACUUCUCUCUUGAGUCUUCAGUCUAUGACCUCUCCUUAUCUUUGUUAUUUGAAAGUGUGAGUCUCAUUUAAACAUCACUCCAACACCUUCUCUGGUGAACAUUGAUGCAAAUAAAUCAUUUAGAUUCUUGCCAA